UCCUUAUUAUAUUUGACCACUAUACCAGAGUCCUGGCCACCAUCGAAAAUCUUGAAGCUUUAAUCUGUGGGAUAUAUCGAUAGAAACAGCGUACUAUGUUAUAUAUAAGGGAAGGUUCACACGGCCGGCCGGAUAAUACUUAGCUUACAAUAUGGUUAAUUCUUAAGUUCACACGUUAAGAGUACUCCCUUUCUGACAGAGCAAGUUUAUUUACGAAAACCUUGUUACUUCAAUGUUGCGCGGAUCUCGUUUUGUCAGACUUUUUCAGGGUGUAAUAAAUUGCCAAUACGUUAUCUUCUUCUGGGGUUUGCUACUCAUUGCAGCUACUCUAUCUUCUUUCUGGGUUCACCUUUUUUCGAGUGAGUCGAUCGCGACUGUUCGGAUUGAUCACUCUACGAACCAAGGACUAACUUGUUCAACAAACUACUCUACACCCUUUAGUAGUACUGAAAACGGUCCCGACACAUUGUCUAACACUUCAUGCCCGGACUAUUUCCGGUUCAUCCACGAAGAUCUAAAGCCAUGGAAAACCACAGGAAUUACAAGGGCCAUGGUGGAGAAAGCAAAGAAGACGGCACAUUUUCGGCUUGUGAUUGUUGAAGGAAAGGCUUAUAUUGAAAAGUACAAGAAGUCCAUACAGACGAGGGAUCUAUUUACCAUAUGGGGUAUUUUGCAGCUGCUUAGGAGGUACCCCGGGAAAGUACCCGACUUGGAGCUCAUGUUUGACUGUGAUGACCGUCCGGUCAUCCGGGACUAUUGGUGGAAUCCGACGCAGGUGCCACCGCUGUUCCGGUACUGUGGUGAUAAAUGGACAAAAGACAUUGUGUUCCCUGACUGGUCUUUCUGGGGCUGGGCCGAGAUUAACAUGAAACCAUGGGGAAGUUUAUUGAAAGAUAUCAAGAAAGGUAACGAGAGGAGCAAAUGGAUGGAAAGAGAACCUUAUGCAUACUGGAAAGGGAACCCCUUUGUAGCUAAAAAGAGGAGAGACCUUCUCAAAUGCAACGUCUCGAACACACAGGACUGGAAUGCGCGCUUAUUUAUCCAGGACUGGAUUCUUGAAUCUCAAGUAGGCUUCAAGCAAUCAGAUGUAACAAAGCAAUGCACAUAUAGGUACAAGAUAUAUAUCGAGGGAACUGGAUGGUCUGUUAGUGAGAAGUACAUUCUGGCCUGUGAUUCAGUAACAUUUCUGGUAACACCACAAUACUAUGAUUUCUUCUCAAGAAGUCUAGAGCCAAUGCGCCAUUACUGGCCUAUUAGGAAAGACAAGAAAUGCAAAUCCAUCAAGUUCGCUGUAGAUUGGGGAAAUGAUCACAAACAAAAGGCUCAAGCAAUUGGGAAUGCAGCAAGCACCUUCAUUCAGCAAGAACUGAAGAUGGACUAUGUGUAUGAUUACAUGUUUCAUCUACUAAAUGAAUAUGACAAACUCUCCAAAUUUAAGCCAAAAAUACCUGAAGGAGCUACACUUUUGUGCACAGAGAAGCUCACUUAUCAUGCAGAUGAGUCGGAGAAAAAGUUCAUGGACGAUUCAUUGGUGAAGAGUCCAUCCAUGACAAACCCCUGCACCCUUCCGCCUCCCUAUGAACCCCAAGAACUUAGCAACUUAGAUAGGAGUAAUAUCAAUUUAAUUAAACGAGUAGAAAAAUGGGAAGAUGAGUAUUGGGAUAACAUCCAUACGAGGCAACAAUAAUUCUAACUUUACCGAGGAUAAUCGGGAUUUAUAUAGAGAAACCAUUGCCUACCAUGUUAUCUCCAUGUAAAGCAAAUGGUUGAGUCAAUCACAAAUUUGUAGUAGCUAUUAGUUAACAGUUUAAAUUACUUGUCUGCUAUGAGACUUUUGGUUAUGAUUUUUUACCAUUAUGGCAUUUUAUAACAUUCACAAUAUACAAUGCAU